AUGGACAAGUACGACGAUUAUGUUAGUGUUGAUUUGAACAAUGUUUAUUACACUGAUUUAUCUGAUGUUGAAUAUAUUGAUGAUGAAGAUGUUAAUGUUGUUGUAUCUAGUGGACAUCAAAGUUCAGACGAUGAAGAUGAUGUUGAUAAUGACGAUGAUGAGGAAUCCGUUGGAGCGGAAUGGUCAAAUAGUCGUUGUUGUAGGUAUGGAAAAUGUAAAGGUUUUGCCAUUAGGAAAAACAAUGUUAAGCAAAAAGGGUCUGAAGGUAGUGAAAUAGUAGUAAUGAGGUAG